CUUUAACCUGUGAGUAUGUAAGGUUUUUUUUGUAAAUGUGAAGUAUAAAGCAUUAAUAAUUGGAAAUUGUACUGUUUGUCUCCAAAGUGGUUGUCUUACGCGCGCUUUUUGACUGUCUUGCUCUCUGUUGACAAUGAGCUCAUUCUCAAGUGAAAGGAGUCAAGAUGAUCAUAGUCCUGCAAGGCGUCGUUCAUCUACUGAGAGAAGAUCAAGAAGCCGCUCUCCUCGUCGCGUUCGAGUGAAAUCAAAGCGCAUAGUUAUCGCUAACAUUCCAUAUGAUCUUAAUUGGCAAAAGUUGAAAGAAUUAUUCAGAGAACAAAGCAAGUUCAGAGUUUUUAAUAAAUAUUGUGUUCAGUUGGAUUCACGGGUUUCCUGCAGUUGUUUAAGAAAAAUGGCAAGCCUAACGGGAUGGGUCUGAUGGAGUUCAAGACAAUUGAAGGGGCUGAAAAAGCUAUAGAAAAAAUGCACCGAUUUGAAAUUGGGGACAGAAAGCUGGUCGUUCGAGAAGAAACUGCUCGUGAUGCUGCUCGUAUUGCAACAAUGGAGGUGGAUACCCCGCUUCCAAGUGACUCCAUGAAUACAAGUGAAACAGUUAACUCAGCGCCAGUGGGACCAAUUUACACCCCACAGAUGCUUAAUCAAAUGGGUAUUGAAGGUCCAAUUACAGAUUCGGUGUAUGUUAGUAAUCUUGAUUAUAGCGUGACCUGGCAGAAACUCAAGGAUGUAUUUAAGUUAGCAGGAAAAAUCACCAGUUCUGUUAUUAAAACAGACUCUGAAGGAAAAUCACGUGGAGUUGGCAUAUUAAAGUUUUCAAGUCCUUAUGAAGCUGUUCAAGCUGUUAGUAUGUUUAACAACCAGAUAUUAAAAGAUAGACCAAUGCGUGUAAAGAUUGAUCGUCAGGGUACUCCUGCUACGUCAGAUAUACUUUAUCCUCCGUCACGAACUGGCUCAUCUGGCAUCCUGGGCUCUACUGCACCACUGACUUCUAAUCCUGCUUCAACUGGACAGUCUUCAAACCUUAUUGCCGCUCUUUUAACUCUUCUUGGUCUCAAGACAACUGUGGAUUCGAAUCCCCAAGGUGGUGGGAUAGCUGAAAUUCUGCGUACUCUGGGAGGGAAUACAAAUGUUGCUGGAGGUCUUAAUGCUUUGUCAUCUGGACAAUCUAACGGUUCUUUGGGUUUUGGCAACCAUUCGUUGUCAAAUGUUUCACAGAGUUCAGGGGGGAAUCGACUUGGUUCAGGCCAAUUUACAGACGAGGGAUUACAACAACUGAUCUCAGCAGCUGCCGCAGGUGGGAUGUCUCAGUCACAAAUAGCCAAUGUAUUGUCAACUCUUGGUCUGUCUCAGAGUUCUCAUUUGGAUCAGUCUGGUCAGUUGAAUGGUUCAAAUAUCGUUGGUCGACAUGGUACUGCUGGUGGGGUUGUUGGUGGUGUUGUUGGUGAUCGAGACUUUGAUAAUUCACGUUUUGACAGCGGAAAUCACUUAAAAUAUGAUACUUCAGGAAAUUAUCGUCUAGACUCGCGUAGUACUGUUCCUAUGAUGAGAUCUGAACCUGCAGGCAAUUAUGUGCAUGGAGGACGCGGACGUGGUGAAGAUGUUUCACAGUAUGAUAAUAGUCGAUGGAAUGCAACCGAAAAGUUGAUUGUGAAAAAUAUUCCAUUCUCUCUCUCUGCUAAUGAUGUGAAAAGGAUAUUUAGAGAGGUUGGGGAAAUGAGUUAUUUCAAUCUGGUCACGGAUAAUGAGGGUCGUUCACAAGGGAUCGCGUUUAUCGCCUACACAAAUCCUGAUGAUAUUUAUAGAGCUAUAGACCUUUAUGAUGGUAAACUAUUUGACGGGCGACGUAUUCGACUCCAUGCUGAAUAGUCAUCAUGAUAACCCCAAUUGAUAUGCAGUUGGUUUCGCCUCCAUAUUUGCAUAACGUAAUCGCGCACUAAAGUCCUUCGUCUCCGUGUACCUAUGUAUGUGUGUAUGUGUAUGUAUGUAUAAUGCAUUUUGUGUUUGUUAGGCGAAUAUUCCAAAGUAGUUCAUAAUAUUCCCUCGUAUUGUCGUCAUGCAACCAACAUUUAUAUGCCAAUAACAAUUCUUUUAAACAUUAAUUUGAAUUGUCUUCUUGUUGUAUUCUCAAUUUUAUACCUGUUUGUUUCAUAAUCACAUUAACACUCCAAAAUACGCACUCAUCUGCGCGCGCUCACACGCACCACCGACACACAUACAUACGAAUACAAAUGCACAUGUGUAUCUAUACAAUUUACUCUUAUUCUACCAUGAUUUCUUCUUCAAGCCAUUUUUGUCUUUUAUUUCGUAUGUGUACACGCAUCUAUGGAUAAUAUGUUUGGCAUGAGUGCUUAAUAUAAUAUUUCAAUAUUCUUACUGUUAUUAUUACUAU